CCUAAGGGAUCAAGCAGGAGAUGGGAAGUUUUGUACAUUUAAACUUGAAAGACUGGAGUCAGUCCUUGCAGGUAAACAAGACAGGAAAUACUACUAGAUGAGCUAAAUAUACAUUAGGUUUAGAGAAUCUUGCAAGUCUGGAAGUACAAAACAUCCGGCUUAACUGCUUGAUCCACUAAUUUCUACUCAAAUGAAUCACAGCUCAGGAAAUUACAGCUUAGUAUUAUAUGAAUUGAGUCCACAUAUAUGUGGGAUACGUAAUAGCGAUCUACGUGCAGUAAAAUAACUAAGCAAAUGUAUAAAAUAAGCCACUACUUCUUGAGGUAUCAGUAACAAUUAAAAUACAUUAGAUGCAGCCAGGAAAAAUAAGGAUGCCACAACUUCAGGUAGAAAAGAAACAUCCACCUGGCUGAAAAGGAGAAACGGGAGGGGUUGUCUGUCUCUUUGACCCCAGUGUGUAAUUGGUUGCUGGCAUUCCUGUUCUGCAUUCCUCACCUUAAAGGUACAUAUUUCUAGUGCCGACUCCCGAAUUUCCUUGGCACUUGCCGCCUUUCCCAAUAGGCGGAGGCGUAUCUUCCCACCGACUCAGCCUGUCCAACGUGACCGAACGGGCCCUUGGAAGGAGAAAUAGGGAAACACCCAUCUUGACUCCUGCGCAAAACCCUCCCCGCUUUGGUGCAAGUUUGUGCGGAAAAGUUCUCUUUGCUGCAGCCUCCUGGUCUGGGGCUGGGGAAGAGAGUUAGAGUGCUGCGGAAGGGAAUACUGUGCAGGAGCAAUUCUCAACGUGCCUGGCGGGAGAGAAUAACCCGCGGACUGUUUUAUUGCGGCAAAUAAACUUCCCGGAGCACCGCGCUCCCUUGUUCACAGAAAAGAAAGUAGAGAGGGUAGAUGUAAAAAGGGAACUUCGAAACUAAGUGCGCCAGCGCUUCGCUUCCCCCCCUCCCCCCGGAAAGUUUACUUUGCACGUCUGAUGCGCUCUACCUUCAGCCAAUGAGUUUCGGGGAACGAAGGCGCCAGUAUGGUCUUCACAAAGCUCAUACAUUUUGAGUCGUUUUGCACUUUCCUGUUUUCCCAAGUAUUCAUAUCAUGGAGUAUCCAAGAACUACAAAUCAGUCAAGAAAUAAUUGAUAAGAUUUCAGCUGCUUCCCACUUAAUGAAUUGCUCUGCUCCAGUCGAUAUCUUAUUUCUGUUGGAUGGAUCCUAUAGCAUUGGCAAAGGAAGCUUUGAAAGAUCAAAACAUCUGACAAUCAAGCUUUGUGAUGCAUUGGACAUCAGUCCAGAAAAGGUUAGAGUUGGAGCAAUACAAUUCAGCAACACUCCUCACUUGGAAUUCUCACUGGAUGCAUAUUUCACCAAGCAUGAGAUAAAAGACCAACUCAAGAAGAUUGUGUUCAAAGGUGGGAGAACAGAAACAGGUCUUGCUCUGAAACACAUUCUUCAACAAGGAUUCCGUGGAGGCAGGAACUCAUCAGUUCCCCAAAUCCUUAUAAUCUUAACAGAUGGGCGAUCUCAGAACAACGUGUCAACCUUAGCCCAGCAGAUAAAAGAAAGGGGGAUUGCAGUGUUUGCAAUUGGAGUCAACUUCCCAAGGUGGGAAGAAUUGUAUGCUCUAGCAAGUGAGCCAGUUGAAUACUAUACACUGUUUGCAGAAGACACUGAUGAUGCCUCCAAUGGGCUUUAUACCAUGCUUACACUCUCUGAUAUCUGCAGUGCUGCAUUUCCAGGUUGCAGGGCUGAAUCUCAUCCCUGUGAACACAAAACACUUGAGCGAGUAAAAGAACUGGUUGGAAACUAUUUCUGCUGGAAAGGAUCCCAAAGCAAUAAUGUUGUACGCAUAUCACUCUGCCCUUUUUACAACUGGAGGAACAUUUUCAUCAAAUUUCCAUCUACAUGCUAUCGAACCAUAUGCUCAGAUCCUUGUGAUUCCCAUCCUUGCCAGAAUGGAGGCGCUUGCAUUCAACAGGGAUUAGAAGGCUACCACUGUGUUUGCCCAAUGGAAUUUGUAGGGGAUUCCAACUGUGCACCAAAUAUAAAUCUGGAAUGCAGUGUGGACAUUCUUUUGUUGGUGGAUAGUUCAUCCAGCACUACUCUUGAAGGCUUCUUGCACUACAAAACUUUCCUGAAAAGGUUUCUCCAUGUAGUGUGGAAUACAGAAACUCUAGGGAAUGUGGCCGUGGCCCAAUAUAGCAAUGAUGUCAAGAUGGUUGCCCAAAUAGGAGAUUACAGAGAUAUAUUCAGUCUAGUGAAGAUCAUUGAUUCCAUGGAGUUCAAUGGAGGGAACACUUUGACCGGCAAAGCUUUACGAUUUAUUGCACAACGUGGCUUUAAGAGUGCACCAGUCUUUGCUGAUGUUCCUGAUGAUCUUCCACGUGUGGUCAUAUUGCUCACAGAUUCAAAAGCUGAAGAUUCAGUGCUAGAAGCAGCUAGGUUCAGUAGGAAACAAGGUAUUUCCAUCAUUGGAGUUGGCAGUGAAUUUUUAAGAAGAGAACUGGAUGAGAUUACAGGGAAUCCAAAGCGGACAAUUAUCUAUUCCACCACUCAAGAUCUAUUCAAUAAAAUUACUGAAUUACAGAGAAAAAUCUGCAGCAUCGAUAGACAAGGCUGCCUAUCUCAGUCCCUGGAUUUGGUCUUUGCCCUGGAUUCUUCAACGUCAGCUGGAAGGGUUAACUUUGCCCAGAUGAAAAACUUUGUCAGCAGUCUCUCUUCCCAAUUUGGCAUCAAUAGGGAUAUGACACAAAUCAGCCUUGUUACCUUUGGUAAAAGGCCCCAAACAGUAUUUGGACUGGAUGCACAUGUUACUAGUUCAGCUCUUCAAGAAGCCAUCAAACAAGCUCCCUUUAUGGGUGGCUCUGCCUCAGUUGGAAGUGCCUUGCUUCAUAUUCAUGAUGAUGUCACAGUUAUCCAAAAAGGAGCAAGGCCUGGUGUGAAAAAACUUGUGGUAGUCUUCACAAGUGGAUCUGGAGUGGAGGAUGCCAUAGUCCCUGCCCAGCAACUACGUAGUAAUGAUGUAUCACUUUUUAUCAUUGGGAUGGAAAGUGUACAAAUGGACUUACUGUUGAGGAUUGCAGGUUCUUCUAAUAAUCUGGUGAGGAUUUCUUCUUAUGAAGAUCUCAGACAAAAUGAAGACUUUAUCAUGGAAAAAUUAUGUGAUGAAGCCACAAUGCCAGUAAAUAUCUGCAAACCUAACCCCUGCAUGAAUUAUGGAAUUUGUAUUCCUGAAAAUGGCAACUAUUGGUGUCAGUGCCAAGGCUGGGAAGGACCUCAUUGUGAAAACAGAAUGCAAAGCAGUGACACUUCACAAUCAUGGAAACAUUCUGCCAUGAUCCAUAGUCAUCUAAAUUGAGAUGGUUGGGGUUGCUAUACAGAAUUCACCAGUAUUAAAAAAAAGAAGACCCAUGGACUAAAUGCACUAAAACAGACAAAAGAACUUUUGCCUUUAGUUACUGAAAUCAUACUUAUUGGGGAAGUGAAAUGUAUAUUUGCGAGUAAUAUGCUGUUUCUAAGAACAAAAGUUUUGCACAAAAGUAUCUUAUUUAAUCGGAACUAAGGUGACUAAUAUCUAGCAUAUUUUUAUAUUGCAUAUUUAUGUUUGAUAUACUAUUUUUUAACAGAAGUAGCAUUAUCUCUAUAUAAUGCUGCCAUAAAUCCGAGGUUUAAGAGUGGUACAACUUGACAAGCUCUAAUAUGACUUACAAAAUAUAUACUUAUGUUGUUAAUAUGACUAUAAGGGAUGAGAAGCUUUCAUACACAAUACUUACCCAGAUUUGAUUUUGUGAAACCUAAUUUUGUUUCCAAAUAUAUAGAAUGAAUAUGAUUAAGGCACAUUUUACCCUUAAAUGACUUCCAGAUCUACUGGUUUAUAUAAGAUUUUAGAGAUUGGAAAACCCACCAUCAUUCACCAAAGAUAAUAGUUUGUAUCCAUGUUUUUACAUGGCUGUUCCAUUCUUUCGUCCUGAUUUCUUUAGUUUUCUUCUUUAAUUAGGAAAUUCUAUCCCUUUGAUCAAAGCAGGAAUAUUUUGGACUCCCAUUUCCAACCAUUUCUUGCGAUUUUGGAGCCAUGCCAAGUUUACCAUUAACUGCAAAAGGAUGUAUCCGUGGCUACCUCCUGUUCUUAUGGUUUCAUUAAGUCCUAUGCUUUUAUUGAAAAUAUUAUCUAUCAUCUAAUCAAUCAGUUAGAGAAGAAGGGUUGUAUUGCCCCAAAGCAAUACAUAUAGCAAUCCAAAACUGAUUAGAAGUAACUUUCAAGCAUAAAAAUAUGGAUAUAAUACUCUUCCAUUGUUCCUUUCUAGCAAUUGAUACGCACUGUCUGCAACAUCAAAGAUGGUAGAUUAUUGUGAAAUUGUAGUAAUAUUGAUACAUUCUCCAUGAAUUUGUCUAUUCCCAUUUUUAAAAUCAUCUACGUUGGCUUCCACCCUCAUCCAAAAUUAUAGUAAACCAAUCUAUGUUUACUUAUUGUGGCUAGCAAAUAAAGCUGAAAUAAAAAAAGAGAGUCAAAAUAAAUAAGCCUAUACAAGAAUCUCUCUAAAAUCUUACUGUGGACCCCCUGCCAAAGCCUUGAUGCUAGAUUACAAAGCUUUCCAACAUUGUAGGUUAUAUAAAAACCUGAUCAGUGAGUGGGAAAUAAACAUGAUAACUGGCUGAUUGCUUUUCCAGGUAUUGUUGCUAGAAGGGGGAAAACUAAAAUCCUAAUACAAUGUUGCAUUAAACUGCAGUAUAAAAGAACAUACAUUAUUGAUUCUCCUUGCAUGCUACAAGGGCAUAUAUGAAGAGCCACAGGGAGUCUGUAAUAUCUUUCCUUAACAGUGCUGAAAGAAGAGCUUUGAUAGUUGGAAUAAGUCAGGGAGAAAAUGUAGACAGCCAUGCCUCUUUGAUUCAUUCUUUUUGGUCCUUAGAAAAAAAAUGGGCAAAGUAUCACUAGGAAACAGAAUGCAGCUCAGUGGGCAGAUAGAUAAUUUUAAACCAAUAAUUAAAUAUUGCUAGCCAGUUUCUUAACUCUGAUGUGCUCUCCUUCAAGCCCAAGAGGUGCAUUUGAGAUGCAUUUGAAGUAUCAAGCUUCAAAAAGUUAUUUCUAGAAUCUUGACUGAACAGAUCCCAAGAGAUUAAAGCUAGAAUAUAGUCCCAUAGCUGCCCCAGAUAAAAGCGCUAAAGCUUUUGCCUGAUACAAUGUAGUGGCUACAGUACUGAAUUCCCUAAUUUCACUGAAGAAUAUUCAGAAAGUGGUCAAAUUAAGAAAGACUGAUUUAGUGCAAAACAUAUAAGUACGGGUGAUUUAGAAUUGGAGCAGUGAUGGGAAGGGAUUGAGAGAAAUACUGUAUUAUGAACAUUAUUUGGCAAGAAAAUCCUCCGAGAAUUAUCUGGAAGGGAAGUCAUUUUGCUGUUGCUGCCAAUCUAUUUAGAGCUCCCUGGAUAGUUUGCUAUGUAGCCCUGCAAUCCUAUUUGUGUCUGCUCUAAAGUAAAUCCCAUCAGCGUAGGUUUACUCACCACUAAAAGGUUUUAUGAUUUCAGCCUAAGUUAGCUGAGCAGUGUAUCCAUCUGGCAGGCUUUCUUUUAUUAUAGAACUGGCAUUAUUCAUAAAAUUCUGCCUCUUGUUCUACAAGCAACCCAAUGAAGAUUUUAUGUGGUUCAAAAAUGCAACUGCUAAGCUUUCAGUGUUCUUUUCUGCUGAUUCUGAAGGUGUUUCUCUUCUCCACUUAUUGAAUUUCCUUUAUGUGGGAAUAAAAAUAGAGUUAUUUUUGCUUGAUCGACCCUUUUGCAGAUCAAAAGCGUCAGCAAUUCAUGUUGGUAUGUUUAAUAAAUAUUUAACAUGCUGCAGUCA